AUGGAGAAGCGGCUGCGCUCCUCCCUCAAAUCCUCGCCGGAGGAGUUCAUCUCCGCCGUCGCCGGCCUCAGCCUGAAAUCCUCCAAGGCCGCCCUCAAAUCCGUCCUCCACUCUCAGCCCCCUCCUCUCGCCUCCUCCCCGUCGUCGUUCCCCGCCUCCCUCCACCGCGCCGUCUCCCAGUCCGUCGCCGCCCUCAGGGACCUCCUCCGCGGCUCCCCCGAUGCCGACCCCGGCGACCUCGCCUCCCCUCCUUCCAAGCGUCCCCGCCGCUCCUCCCGCCGCCUCUCCGAGCCCCGCGGCGGCGGGCCCUCCCCGGCGGGCCUCGACCGCCGGAGGCAGAAGGCCCUGGAGGCUCCGGGUCUUGGCGCACGUGGCCCGGCUGUGCGUCUCGGCGGCCCGCGGGAGAGCUCGGCGGCGGGCGAUCUGCUGCCGGCGGUGCAGGCGCUGCACGACAAUUUGGUGCUCUUCGAGUCGGACUCGGUCUUGUCGGCGGAGAUCGUGGGCUUGUGCGAGGAGUGGUGGAAGGGCGAUCUGCCCGGGAGAGAGAAUUUGAUUUCGCAGUUCCUGCCGUUCCUGGUGUCGAGGUCCUUGACUUUGAAGAAGAAGGUCGACGUGGGGAGGGUUUACGCGAUGCGGGAAGCGUUCGGCUUGUUUGACUUUGAGGAUGACAGCAUCGAGGACAUGAAGAUGUUGUUGAUUCGGUGUGUGAUCUCACCGCUGUAUUUGAAGACCGAGGAAGGGAAGCGAUUCGUGGCGUUCAUGUUUGGGCUGAGCAGGCAGCUCGUGAAGGAAGCUUUUGGUGAUGAUCAAAUCGCAGAUUCCGUUCGGGAGGAAGUCGAUGUUGGAGGCAUAUGGGGAUAUACUGGUUUAAUUGAAGGGGCGAUACACUCGGGCUCUGCAGCACUUGCAACAUCAAUCAGAAGAGUCUUGGGUGGGUUUAUCAAUCAGCGGACUGUUGAUGGUGUUGAGAAGGUCCUCUUCCGUCUGACCGAGCCAGUACUUUUCCGCUCACUACAGGUCGCAAACUCAGAUGUUAGACAGAAUGCACUGCACUUACUGUUGGACGUGUUCCCUCUAGAAGAUCCAGAUGCCACUAAAGAGGUUAAGGACAGCUUACUUGACAGACAGUUCUAUCUGUUGGAAAGACUGCUCAAGGAUGAUUGUCCUGAUGUAAGAGUUGUUGCAGUGGAAGGUUGUUGCCGCAUCCUUAAUCUGUUCUGGGAAGUUAUUCCUUCAUCUACCAUCACCAAGAUUAUUACAAGGAUUUUCGAUGACAUGGCAUACGACAACUGCAGUGAAGUUAGGCUUUCCACUAUAAAUGGAGUCGCAUAUUUGCUUGGUAAUGGACAGUCACAUGAGGUUCUUAAAGUGCUACUACCGAGACUUGCGCAUCUGAUUACAGAUGGUACUCUUUCAGUGCGGGUUGCCCUAAUUGAACUUCUCCUCCUCACUAGAGAUAUUCGAUCUUUUCAGUUUAAUAAGGUGGUAACCCUAGAAGCACUACUGUCCAUGCUUGCAACUGAUCAGGCACAAGUUGCACAAAAGAUCACGAGAUUGCUUUUGCCAUCAUAUUUUCCCUCCAAAGUAACUUUUGAAGAGGCAUGUAAUCGAUGUGUUACACUUAUCAAGAGGUCGCCCAAGGCUGGAGCAAGGUUUUGUGAGUAUGCUGCCUCGGAAGGUGCACCGUUGAAGUCUCUUAUGCAACUUUUCAAAGUAUUUAUUAGUUUUGUUUUGUCAACCGAUAAGCUGAAUGAGGAUCAGAUUGAGGUUUACUUGAUGGUGCUGCAUACAUUUGUAAGCAACUUGUUGGUGAGCCAUCAUACAAGGAUGCCCUGA